CGCCCAGCAAUGUUGAUCUCCAAGAAGAACCGCCGCGCGGUCUACGAGUACAUUUUCAACGAGGGUGUUGCCGUCGCCAAGAAGGACUACCACCUUCCCCAGCACGACGUCCUGACCACCGUCCCCAACCUUGAGGUCAUCAAGGCCCUCCAGUCGCUCCGAUCGCGUGGCUUUGUCACCGAGAAGUUCUGCUGGCGCCACUUCUACUACUACCUGACCGACUCUGGCGUCGCUUACCUCCGUGACUACCUCAACGUCCCCGCUGAGGUCGUCCCCGCCACCCAGAAGAAGGUUGCCCCCCGCCCCGCCUCGCGCUUCGGUGCCCAGGCCCCCGGCUCCCGCCCACCCCGCGACGGUGAGCGCUCCGAGCGUGGCGAGUACCGCCGCACCGGUGCUGGCUUCGGCGGCGACAAGGCUGGCGCUGACUCUGGCUUCAACCCCGAAUUCCGUGGCGGAUUCGGCCGUGGCCGUGGCGGUGCUCCCCGUGCUACUCCCUCUGCCCAGUAAAAUGUCUCUUUGUCCCGUUUAAGAGCCAAAUCGUGUGUGUUUCCGCGAGUUGCUUCCGUGCCCCCCUGAUUGUCCCAAAUUAGAAACACGUUCUGAAAGCGAA